AUGCCCCAAACAGAUGCUGCACAACCGCUGCGUGAUAUUAUCAUCGUUGGCGCCGGUCUCGCGGGGGUAUCCUGCGCCAUUUCCCUAUGCCGGGAGUUGACACCCUACAUUCCAGAUCUGAAGAUCAAAAUUAUUGAAAGAAAUGAGGUUCUCUCCACCUCAGGAGGCGCUAUCAAUCUGAACCCUGCGGCCCAGCGACAUCUCGCCUAUCUGGGGGUAUUGGAUGAACUUGAUCGGAUGGGUACAGAGGGGGGUGCUGAUGUCGACGAAAUCGAGCUCUUUUCAAUGCACUCUGGCCGCUCACUUGGCUGCGUUGAUUUUAAAGGUCAAGAUGGCAACGGCUACGGAGGACAUAAGGGCCGGCGGGUAAUGCGCAUCGUACUGCUGAUGGCGAUGAUCAACCUGGCCGAGCGUACCCGGAAUAUUGAGAUCGUGUAUGGCAAGAAACUCAUUGGUGGCGAAGAAAUCAAUGAUAAGGCAGUUGUCCAUUUUCAGGAUGGCUCUGUGGAUAUCGGUGAUUUGGUCAUCGGCUGCGACGGUGUACAUUCAGCUACGCGCACUCGCUGGGUUGAUCCGGACCGGCCCUCUGAGUACACAGGGAUAUCAUUUUUGCAGGCUGUCGUCCAAGCGGAGAAUAUCUCAUCUUACAAGCAUUUCCGCUCGACAGCAGUGAAUUUUUCACAGCAUGGCGCUUUGCUAAUGAGCUACUGUGACCGCGACCGAGAGGAGAUCUUCGCUAGUGCGAUGAUGGAAUUCGACAAGGACGCUUUGCAUCAUUAUCGACUUGAACGAGAACAAAGCUGGGCAACGAAAACCAAUAUACAAGCUGUGUUGCGCGAGAUUGUGAGGAAACGGUUUAGGAAAGCUGCCAUUCCUUGCAUUCUCGAAAUGGUGAACAAAGAUGCAGAUUGGAUGCUUUACCCCAUCUAUCAAGUUCCCCCAGGUGGUCAGUGGCACAUGAGCCGAGUGAUCCUGCUGGGCGAUGCCGCACACGCAAUGCCGCCAUGGUAUUCUUCUACCUCCUUUGCCCUUGACGAUGCAAUUUGCUUCUCCCGUAUCUUGGCACGCUAUCGACUCGAGCCGUUGGGUGUUGUAUUCGAUAUAUAUGAUCGGCUUCGUCGCGAGACGGUCAACAAUGCAUUCAAAGGCUCGGGUAAAAUGUGCUCUCUAACGAGAGAUAUUGGGCUUCUGGAAGAAUGGUCGAAGGAAUGGAAGAUGCCGUUUCGUCUUCGCAAACAUCGGCACGGAGAUGAAGAAGCAUGGAAAUUCGAUGCGACGAAGAUUGCAAUCCCCAAGCCUGCAGAUGGUGAGAAGUUAAUGACGUUGCAUUCAUUCUUGGAGGACUAUACCAUGUAA